AUGCCAACAGUCCCAGUGAGAGGGCUACAUGUUGGGGAGAAGAGUCCAAUACAUCUAAACCUACAAAGAAAUAAGCCAACAUUUAUACUCUCCUUCCUCCCGCAGGACGGGGACAGCCAGAACGGCGUGAAUGGCGGCCAUGAUGAGGACACGCCCCUUUGCCUGGCCGCCGUCCAGAAGCUGGGCCAGUACAUAAAGUUCAACUUCCUGGAUAGCGACGCGGCCCCGCCCCCCGGCCCGCCCCCCCGCGGCGAGUGGGUGGACGUGGAGGUGCACGCCGUGUCCCUGCGGAAAGGCCGGGGGGACGGGCCCGAAUUGGGCCUCAGCUUCGGGAACAUCCCCAUUUUCGGGGAUCCCCAAGUCAGGAGGAGGGGCGGGUCGAGGAAGAGGAGGGAGCGGGGGCCCGUGGUGGACGUGGGCUGCAUCUGGGUGACGGAGGUGAGGAAGAGGAGCCCGGCGGCCGGCUGCGGCCGCAUCCGGCUCCGGGACGAGCUGCUGUCCCUCAACGGGCAGCUGAUGGUGGGGGUGGACGUCAGCGGAGCCAGCUUCCUGGCGGAUCAGUGCUGGAAUGGAGGCGGGGUCUACCUGAUCCUACUGCGCCGGUCCAGACCACUGCGAGGAGGAGCCGGACCGGGGGCAGGGGGGGGGUCCCCGGCCGUCUGCAGACGGACCCGGAAGCUGGGCGUGUCGGCGCGUUCGGCCCCCCCCCACGACGCCCCUGACCCAGACGGGAAGAGCCCCCAGGGAGAGUUCAGUCCCACAGGGGAAGACCCGGGUCCUAUCCUCAGAGAGGAGGGUCCGGACUCUGCCCCCCAGGAGAGAAGCGUUCGCCCCCAUAGGGAAAUCGCCGCUACGCUGCCCAGCAGGAGCUCCGGUCAGCUGCUAGAGUCCAAGAGCAGCUCCUUCAUCAGCGAGCCCUCGAACCAGCUCAGCGAUGGCAGCCACAUCUGGAAGAUGCAUCUGGUGAAGAAUCAGGAGGGUCUGGGCAUCCACAUCACAGGGGGCCGCGGCUCCAAGCGCUCCCCUCACGGCAUCAUCAUAGCGCACAUAGAGGAGGGGGGGGCUAUCCACAGGGACGGACGCCUCCACGCCGGCGACGAGCUGCUGAUGAUAAACGGUCAGUCCCUGGUGGGCCUGACCCACCAGGAGGCGGUGGACGUGCUCCGCUCCACGGCCGGCCUGGUCCAGCUGGUGGUGUGCUCCUCGGCGGAGUCAGAGGUGGACUUUGAGCCGUUCCCGUCCACCAGUCUGCCAGACCUAGUGAGCACCUGCAGGUCUUCCUCCCACUCCCAGACUCCUCCCAUAACUCCCCACAGCUCCCAGCAGUCGACCGGCCUGGAUAAAAAAGAGGAGUUGAACCAGGAGGAGGGACCCAAACGGUCCUGCUGCAGUCCCACCACCAUGAAGCUGCUCAGCCAGUCCCAAGGGGGAGGCGGGCGGCUGGAGUCAGUGGGCGAGGACGAUGAGCUGCUGGUGGAGGCCACCCCCGGUGCCUGUGAGGGGGCAGAGAAGCCCCCGCCUGGACGCCGCAAGCACUCGCUACCCCAGCAGCUGGACGCUGCUGGACUACGGCAGGAAUAUCAGAUAAUUAAGAAAUCAGCCCGCUCCCUGAGCACCAUUCAAGUAGAGUCUCCAUGGCGACUGGCGCAGCCAUCCAUUAUCUCCAGUAUCGUGCUGAUGAAAGGCCAGGGAAAGGGCCUUGGAUUCAGUAUCGUCGGUGGGCAGGACUCGGCCCGUGGGCAGAUGGGGAUUUUCGUCAAAACGAUUUUCCCUCACGGGGCGGCAGCAGCCGACGGACGGCUGAAAGAAGGAGAUGAGAUCCUGGAGGUGAAUGGAGAGUCUCUGCAAGGACUCACACACCAGCAGGCCAUCCAGACCUUCAAGCAACUGAAAAAGGGGGUCAUAACCCUGACCAUCCGAACCCGUCUGCGCAGCCCCAGCCUAACGCCGUGCGCGACCCCCACCCUCCCCAGCCGCUCCAGCUCCCCCAACUCCAACACCAGCAGAAGCCCCCCCGUCCCCCCGGCAACGGAACACCCAGAGGGCCUCAGGCCUCCUGGCCCCGGGUCAAAGGACUGCAUCAUCAUGGAGGUUACCCUUAAUAAAGAGCCGGGUGUGGGUCUGGGGAUCGGGGUGUGCUGCCUGACUCUGGGGAGCGGCGCUCCUGGCAUCUACAUCCACAGCUUGGCUCUGGGCUCUGUGGCCAAGAUGGACGGCAGGCUCAGUCGGGGAGACCAGAUCCUGGAGGUGGACUCGGUCAAUCUUCGCCACGCCGCUCUGAGUGAAGCCUACGCCAUUCUGAGCGAGUGUGGCCCCGGACCGGUCAGUCUCAUCAUAGGCAGGCACCCUGACCCCAAGGUGUCAGAGCAUGAGAUGGACCAGAUUAUCGCUCGAACCACAAACAAGGACAAACCAAGCCGAGACAGACACCUGUCUCAUUCCCAAGGUCCGCUCAGUAAGAGCCCGGAUCCAGCGGGAAAAGACACGCAGGGAAACACCUCCCCAGCACUCAGCUGGACCAUGAAAAGAUUCCUUGAGCCUGCCAGCCGACAGGGAUCCCUGACCUCUGAGGCAGAGUUGUCUCAGUACUUCUCCCAGGACGCGUCCAGCCUCUCAUUCCAGUCCGACUCUGCUCUGAAGAGCCCCCUCUCCGGUCAGCAGGGCUACGCCCCCUCGAUGGAUGGCGACUCCUCGCAGCCACACGACACGGAGGGAGAGGCGGUCUGCGUUUUAUCCCCGGACCGGAGCGGUGUUGUUCCCGGUGGGGGCGGGGAGCCGGACACUUCAGGCUCCGCCCCCAGCCCCGCCCCCGGCCCCGCCCCCUCCGCCCCGCGGAGCCCCCUCCUCCGCCAGCGGCAGGUGACGCGUUUGGAGGAGGAACCGAGCGAGGACGAGGACUCUGGACCCGCUGAGGUCAGGGACCCCCCCUACAGCUCCACCCCGGCCCUGUCCAGUUCCCCCCCGAGUGACAAAAACCAAAGCGCCCCUGCAGGCUCGGUUUGCCCAGAGCUGUGUGAGGAGGCAGAAGCUGGGGAUCUUGUGGGUGUGACCCUGAGAAGAAGUGAGGAGGAUUCGUUUGGACUGGACCUGGAGAUUAUGUCAUCCCCUCUGAAGGUGGUUGUAGCCGGGAUAAAACCCGGCAGUGCACCAGACCGGGAUUCUAGGGGAAAGCUCUGUCCCGGGGAUGAGAUUGUCAAGAUUUGUGAUAAGCUAGUGUGCUCCUUCAGCUAUCAGGAAAUCUGUCAGCUCUUACAAAAUCUUCCCCUAGCUCUGGACUUGGAGGUCAGGAGAUCAGUCCCAGUUGUAGAUGAACCAUCCAGUUUGAUAGUGCCAUGUGAGAGCAGAGUGACCACGGCCCAAUCCCUUCAGGAGAUAUCUGAUGACGCACCUGCAAUCCAAGAGAACUCCAACGAGAUGGUACAACCAGACCACACCUCGCAAAUCCCUGUCGCAAACGUGGAUGUUCUAUCGGAAGGAACAGACGUUCUACCAGAAACAGUCAUGGGCAGCUUGUUGAACCCGGCUGGUGACCCCACCGAUGUGAGGAGUUACCAUGGAUCACCCAGCGUAAGUGACAGGUGGCAAACUGCUGGUGAGACUGGAUGUUCAGGAAGUACAUCACAAACAGUACGACUGACCAGGGAGAAGAACAUCCAAUUAGGUUCGAAAACGGCAGCCAACCCACAGUGCCAGUCGUACCCCCCUACCACAUACAUAGAACUUAAGCUGUCGUCAUCCUCUAACAUUUUAUCCCCAGUAAUGAAAUUUAAUGGAACACUUCUUUCUAAAGACGCUAAAGAGGCUAAAAGCAGGAAGACUGUAAGGUUAGCAUCGCUGUUUUCUCCCAGUAUUGCGUUAUCCGGGGACUACAGUCCCUUCUCUGUUCGACAUAAGAUCAAGUCAUUUGAAAGCCUGGCUUACUUUGACAAACCUGUGGCAAAAAGCAGUGACAUUCAUUCCUACGCUCUGGCUCACACCGCCUCGCUUAACCAAAGGAUUGCCGGUUACAUGGGACUGGUUAACUCUGUCGACUCUAAAAGCAAGCAAAUGAAUAUCCGAUCUCAUGACGAUUGUCAAAUUGCAGCCACACCCUGCUCAAACCUCCGUGGGAUUUACGCUGAGGCCGGAAAUCUGUUAAGCCCAGAUGGCAGCACGGCACAGAGCUUUUCAGUUCAGCGGCGGAAGCACGGCAGACUCCUCACCAACAGGUUACGCAAGCUCAGGGCCCUAAGCAUGCCCGAACUAGAAAACCUAUGCACAGCGGAAUCUACCAGAGGACACGAGAGAGCUGGAAAGAAACUGGAUCCCGGAACGCCUUUGACUGUUCCCGCAAGCACCAGAGGGACCAAUCAUUCUCCACCGUUUGCAGCGCCGGCCAGGGCGACUGAGUCCAGGGUCAUGGGUUACGAUGCCGACGAGACUCCUCAGAGUGCCCCGCAGACCAACCAGCCUGGCUGCUCCAUCAGAUUAGAUGAGCUGAAUACGUCUCCUGACAGUUGGCGUAAACUGCAAACAAUACUGUCGUCUCAGACCAUUAAGUCCUAUGUGGUGAGCCUCCUGGAGGAGACAAAGGCCCUCUCAGAGGUUAACAAGAACAUUCUUCUCGUUGUGCUGAGUAAAGAAGAAGGCUCAGGGCUUGGUUUCAGUGUCACAGGUGGUGCAGACCUCGAGCAGAAGAAAGUCAUUGUUCAUCGGGUCUUCACCAAAGGUGCAGCGAGGCUUGAAGGCACAAUCAAAAGAGGAGACACCAUUUUAUCCAUAAAUGGCACCAAUCUGGAGGGUAAAAGCCAUGGAGAAGUGAUGUCCUGCCUUCAUCAAGCCAGGCUGUCCAAGCAGGCCUUAAUAGUCAUUUGGAGAAGUGAGGACUGUGAGGAGCAUAUCUCUGAUGGACAACGCCCAGGUCUCCAGUCCAUCACUCAGGGUUUCUCUAGGAAUGAAUCUUUUGUGGCUGAAGUAGGUGCGCUGCUCAGUGGAACCAACGUCAGGUGGGACUGGAACACUGACACCAUGCCACUGCUCAUUCAACUCUGCGUCUUCUUCUGGAUGCUCCUGAGCCCCGUGCUGACCCGCACUCUCACCGAGGACGUAGAGGUGUUGGUGUUUCUGCCGCUAAACAACUCUUUCCUGUUCUCUUACGCGAGAGUGGCACCGGCGAUCCGUUACGCGCAGCUCCGGCUGAAGGAGGACGGGGGAGAAUACUCAGGAUUCAACUUCCACCUCCACUUCGAGAGCUCCGACAGGGCCAACGAUGCUCUGUUCACGCUGGUGGACCGGUCGUGCGCGCGGAGGCCGGACCUGAUCCUGGGUCCCGUGCGCGAGUACGAGGCGGCGGGGGUGGUGAGGCUGGCGUCCCACUGGAGGGUCCCCGUCAUCUCGGCAGGUGCCCUGGCCACGGCCUUUGCCAAAAAGGACUCGGAGUUCUCCCACCUGACCCGCAUCGCCCCGUCCUACGUGAAGAUGGCCGAGACGUUCACGGCCAUGUUCGGACACUUCCAGUGGCAGAGCGCGCUGCUGGUGUACGAGGAGGACAACGAGGAGCGCAACUGCUUCUUCACUUUAGAGGGAGUCUACCAUCUGAUGACAGACUAUGAUAUCAAAACUCAUUUCAUAACAGAUGACAACCCCUUAUACACCGAAGACCUCCUGCAGAAGAUGCAUGACACCGAAGUGGUGAUCAUGUGCAUCGGUGCGGACAAAAUACGAGAGAUCAUGCUGGCCGCACACAGACAACACCUGACAAGAGGGAAUAAUAUCUUUUUCAAUGUUGAGCUGUUCAACUCCUCCUCUUAUGGCAAUGGCACGUGGAAGAGAGGAGAUAAAUACGAUAAUGAUGCAAGGGAAGCCUACGCUUCUCUGAACACCGUGACGCUGCUCAGGGCUGUCAAGCCAGAGUUUGAACACUUCUCCACGGAAAUGACAAAGGCCUUAGAGGGAACUGGCCUUGGUGGCACUGUCAACAUGUUUGUUGAGGGAUUCCAUGAUGCGCUGUUGUUGUACGCCAUUGCCUUACACGAUGCCAUGAAAAAUGGGUUCAGCAAGUCUAACGGCACAGAGAUAACCUCUCGCAUGUGGAACAGGACAUUCGAAGGAAUCGCUGGCCAGGUGUCCAUGGAUAUAAAUGGGGACAGAAAUGGAGAUUUUUCUUUGAUGUCCAUGACUAAUACUAAGGAGGGAACCUAUGAGGUGGUAGCCAACUACUUUGGUGUAAAUAGAACUUUUCAGGUGCUGCCGGCUUUCAACAGAGAACACUUCAAACUGAAAGGCAGACAUGAGGCACACACAGAUCUACCAGAAAAAUCCUGUGGGCUAGGCGUAUCAGCUUUGACUGGAGUCAUAGUUGGAGCUGUUCUUGGAGCUGUAAUGCUCAUAGCAUUCUAUUUUUUCAGAAAAAACUACAGGAUAACGAUUCAGCGCCGCUCUCACGGUGAGGAGCACGACUCUGGGAAGCACCGCCAGCUGCGGGAGGACUCCAUCAGGUCAAACUUCUCGGCGGCGUGA